AACAUGGAAAACAGUGUUGAUGUCAAAAUAGACACCCAGGGGGAAAGAAAGCCAGUGAAGCAGAAUUCACUGAGCAAAGCUGGGAAGAAAGUCUGCAGAGCUGUUGGUUACAUCAGUGGAGACAUGAAGGAAUUUGGAGACUGGCUAAAAGAUAAACCUCUCAUGAUCCAAUUUAUUGACUGGGUGCUGCGUGGGAUAUCCCAGGUGAUGUUUGUCAACAAUCCUCUCAGUGGUCUGAUAGUACUUGCUGGCUUCCUGGUACAGAACCCAUGGUGGACACUCACAGGAUGUUUGGGAACAGCUGUCUCAACUUUAACAGCACUCAUUCUGGGCCAGGACAGAUCAGCCAUAGCAUCAGGCCUACACGGCUACAACGGGGUCUUGGUGGGAUUGCUCAUGGCCAUCUUCUCUGCUAAGGGAGACUACCACUGGUGGCUUCUACUGCCAAUAGCACUGGUGUCUAUGACCUGCCCUAUUUUCACCAGUUCUUUAGGUUUAGUCUUCUGUAAGUGGGAUCUGCCUGUUCUCACCUUGCCUUUCAACUUGGCCUUGACCCUCUAUCUGGCUGCAUCAGGACCACAUAACGUCUUCUUCCCUACAACUGUCAUUCAGCCUGCAACCACAACACCAAACAUCACCUGGGUGGAUGCUGAAAUCCCAAUGCUCCUGCAAUCCAUUCCAGUUGGUGUGGGUCAGGCUUAUGGCUGUGACAAUCCCUGGACUGGGGGAAUUUUCCUGAUUGCUUUAUUUAUCUCUUCUCCACUCAUUUGUCUGCACGCGACAAUUGGCUCAGCAGUGGGGAUGCUGGCAGGGCUGAGCUUAGCAACACCUUUUAGCAAAAUCUACUCUGGAUUGUGGGGCUACAACAGCUCCCUCUCCUGUGCUGCAAUUGGAGGCAUGUUCUACGCUCUCACCUGGCAGACACAUUUGCUGGCGAUUGUCUGCGCCCUCUUCAGUGCCUAUCUGGGAGCAGCAGUGGCCAACAUGUUGUCUGUGUUUGGGAUGCCAUCAGGAACCUGGUCUUUUUGCUUCUCUGCACUGACCUUCCUGCUAAUAACCACAAACAACUCUGCCAUCUACAAGAUGCCACUUUCCAAAGUCACCUACCCAGAAGCCAACCGAGCUUAUUUUCUAAAGACAAAGAAACAUCAGAGGUCUUGCUGUGAAGUAUAAAGACCCAAGAAGAGAGACUCUUGGUAGAUAUUAAGGCAAGAGU